AAUCCUUUCCACGUCCGCCAUUUUGACAUACGGUACUUUUCGAGAGAGUGUUGGUUUUAUGUUUUAUCGUUUCUCGUGAAAAUAAUCUUUUUUACUGAAACGUAAGUAGCGCAAGUGGCGUAUAUGUGCAACGUGGCAUUACCAGGGAACUCGAUAGUAAGAGCAAGUCUCUGGGUAAUGGAUCUUUGAGCGGAGAACCCUCGACGAUUCACUGGGGAGUAGGUCGAAGGUGACAGACAACCGGGUGUACGCAGUGGCUUCGCAAACCGCACAAAAUCUUCCGCCACGCUCGCAGUAUCACGCUCCACUGGCCUUUUAAAUAGUACGAACACCCUUUAAAACUGCAUAGAUUGUCAGCAGAGAGGUCUAUAAGUGAUCCCCGAGGAUCCUUUGACAUAAUCGAUACCAAUCAUGGGGAAUAUGUUUGCGACGUUAUUCAAAGGCCUCUUUGGCAAAAAAGAAAUGAGGAUUUUGAUGGUGGGUCUUGAUGCAGCGGGAAAAACCACAAUACUGUACAAAUUAAAAUUAGGGGAAAUUGUUACUACAAUUCCCACUAUAGGUUUCAAUGUAGAAACAGUCGAGUAUAAGAAUAUAAGUUUCACCGUGUGGGAUGUAGGUGGCCAAGAUAAAAUAAGACCGCUCUGGCGACAUUAUUUUCAGAAUACGCAAGGUUUGAUAUUCGUCGUUGAUAGUAAUGAUAGGGAACGUAUUGGCGAAGCACGCGAAGAGUUGAUGAGAAUGCUUGCGGAAGAUGAACUGAGAGAUGCGGUACUCCUCAUAUUUGCUAACAAACAAGAUCUGCCAAAUGCAAUGAAUGCAGCAGAAAUCACUGACAAGUUGGGAUUACAUUCUCUACGUAAUCGUAAUUGGUAUAUCCAAGCAACGUGUGCCACAAGUGGAGACGGACUUUACGAAGGCCUCGAUUGGCUUUCCAAUCAGCUGAAAAAUGCCAAUCGCUAAUUGGGAAAUUAUUCUGUCAACAUUCAGUUGCUAUAUUAACAUCAUACAAAAACAGCUGCACACCUGUCCCCCCUUGGCUCUUUGCGAUGAAUGAGUAAUACAUUAUAAGAAACAAACAAAAUAUAAACUGCAAGAUCUCUGAUCCUGAA